AUGAUGAAGACUGUGGCCUCCCUGCUGCUCCUCCUCACCAUCCAGGGCACCCUGGCUCUGAGGAUCUGCUCCUUCAAUGCGAAGUGCUCUGUGGGAAGCACGAAGGGAAGACGGGAUCCCAUGGAUAUCCUUGUGAGGAUCAUCACACGCUGCGACAUCAUGCUGCUGAUGGAAAUUGAGGACAACAACAACAUGAUCUGCCCCACUCUGAUGAACAGGCUGAAUGGGGAAGAGCUGGUGUCUGUGAAGAAAACGAACUUCUACCAAGACUCUAAACGCGUGGACGUGUCUCCCGGGGAACCCUAUGCGGUCUGGUUCCAGUCACCCAACACUGCUGUCAAGGACUUUGUCAUUGUCUCCCUGCACACCAAAGCCACGACACCUGCCGAAGAGAUGGACGAGCUUAGUGCUCUGUGCACAGAUUUACAAAGCCGUUGGAAGGCGAAGAAUUUCGUUUUCAUGGGCAACUUCAAUGCUGGCUGUAGCUACGUUCCGCAGAAAGGAGUGAAGGCUAUGCCCUUCAUGGCCGACCCCAGCUUCGUUUGGCUGAUUGGGGACAAUCAGGACACCACAGUCAAGAAGAGCAAUGGUUGUGCAUAUGACAGGAUUGUGCUUAAAGGACAAGAGAUCGUCCGCUCUGUUGUUCCCAGAUCAAACAGCACCUUUAACUUCCAGAAGGCUUAUGAGCUGACUGAAGAGGAGGCCCUGGCGGUCAGUGAACACUUACCAGUUGAAUUUCAGCUACAGUCUUCAAGAGCUCUCACCAAAGGAUAA